AUGUCCUCCCUGGCCGAGCCCCCCGCCUCACGGGCGCUGUCCCGCUCCCCGGCCCGCUCCCCGGCCCGCUCCCCAGCGCUGUCGCCGGCCCUCGGCCCCUCACGCUGCGGCGGGGAGCGGCGCCAGGGAGCCCCGGACGGCGGAGGCCAGCCAGGUGAGCUCCCGGCGGAUCUGAAUCAUGCCAUCAGGCUACUCGGAGAUUCUGACUCCAGCAAUUUGGAAGAAAAACAGUUGAAAGUUCUCAAGAAGGUAGUCAAGCGUUUUGAAAAUGGGCUUCCCCUUAAGGAUUUAGCACAAAUAAUUGACAUUCUUAACCUGUGUGCAGAAAAAGUAAAUGAACAAGAAGCUUUCAUCGAGCCUGUAUGUGAACUUAUUAAACUAUGUGGGUUACCAUUUCAAAAAAAGAAAUUAUCUGAUGAAGUAAGCUAUUCUGUGACAGUUUCAAAAUCCAUUGCACAGCUUGGUUAUUUGAUGAGGGUGCCAAGCUCUCAAGUUAGAAUACAAAUCUGUAAGUGUAUAAUUAGCUUUUACAAGGCGGAGCUACCGAGAAAACUACUCUCAGGUUACCAGCCAACAAGCGCAAACUAUAAGACUGAGAUGGCUGAAUUAGGAGGAUUAGCAGAAACUUUUGUUUUAUCUCUAGCAAUAGUUGAAAAUGAACUUACUGAGAAGUUGUGGGUACUCAAAGUUCUCCAGCAUCUCUCCAGCUCUGGAGUAAAUUGCAGACACAUGUUGAAGGCCCAAGCAGCCAGCAGACUCUGCUUGUAUCUAAAUGAUGUUGAUCCCUCAGGACAGCUGGUGUUCCGCUCAUCAGAAAUCCUAUGGAACCUGUUAGAAAACACCUCAAAAGAAGAAGUCGUUAAUCAGCUCAGUAGCUUGGAAUGUGUACAUGCAUUGAAGGAAGUAUUUGUAGACUUGCUCUUACAUGGUUUCCGCCAUUAUGAUCGUCAGCUAAGGAAUGACCUCCUGGUGAUUGCCACGUUAGUGGCUGAAAAUCCUGCAGCACCUAUGAUUGAAAGCGGAUUUGCAACACUGUUAAUAGUACUUGCAACAUAUACUGAAGUUAAAAUUCCCAAUCCCUUGUUAAAAGGUCUUAAACUUACUUUCUGUUAUGAAGACUUUGAGAUGAAAAAGUUGUUGUUUAAUAUUAUAGGAAUCUUAUCUAAAGACCCGCGUGCUGUACAGCUUCUCAGUGAAAAUGAUGUGAUGCCAGCUUUGCUUUAUUAUGUAAAACCACAUCAAAAGCCUGGAUUUCAUGACUGGUCUGCUUCCCAAUAUGAAGAAUUACAGCUUCAUGCAAUUGCUAUUCUGGCUUCAGUGGCUCCCUUUUUAGUUGAUAAAUAUUUGUCCUGCCAAGCGAAUACCCUUCUCCUUGUGUUUCUAGAAUGGUGUAUGGGUCAAGAUCCUUUCUUUGGUCAAGGUAAUAGUUUCCAUGGAACAGGUGGUCGUGGCAACAAACUUGCACAAAUGCGCUACAGUCUGAGAGUGCUGAGAUCUGUUGUGUCCCUUUAUGAUGAUGCUGUGAACCUUAAUUUGUGUGACCAGGGAGCAAUUAGCCAGCUACUAGAUAUCCUAAAGUAUGCAGCAAACAAAUCUAAAGAAAGAGAUGAUGCCAUUCUACUGGAAAUCCAAGCUGAUACAUUAUUUAUUUUGUCUGCUCUCUGUGAAAAUGAUGCCCACAGAAAGGAGCUCUUCAGCUAUGAAGGAGUGGAUAUACUUAUCCCAUUCAUUCAGAUGGAUCCAAAGAAGUUAUAUAGUGGAUUAGGCCACAAUCGUCUCCUUUUCAAUGCACUCGACUGCUUGUGGUCCUGUGUCGUUGGCUGUUACAUUGGAGAAGAUUAUUUUCUUGAACAACAGGGCAUUUUUAUUCUUCUGGAUUUGCUGGCGUUAAAGCAAAAAAACCUGUGCAAUAUAAUUCUUGGACUCCUAGUUGAAUUUUGCGACAAUCCCAGAACCACCUUUCACAUCAGUACCUGGCGAGGGGAGAAAGAUCAAACAGCAGCUAACCUUCUAAUACAGUUAUGGAGACAGGAGGAGUUGGACCUGGGAGUCAAACGUGAUCGGUACGGAAGGAUUGCUGAUGUGAAGAGACCCAUUGUUGGCAGCUUCCAGAAACAGCAAGAGGUCAUCCCCAUGCCUGCCAACUCUCCCACCUUUGCCAUUGUGGAAAUUUCAGAAAACAUACGGGCAAAACUUUAUUUAUUAUUGUGCAAGCUAGGUUUUGAAGAUUUGCCUGGCUUAUCUGCUAAGGAUUUUGUCACGCUUGCUAUCAUACGACGGUAUGUUGACUUUAAAGUUGGAGAAGUCUGGAGUGAAGUGUGUACAGAGAUAAAAGAAGAAUUCAGGCCUGUUGCUUCAGAUGAGGAAGCCUUGAAAGUUAUUUCAGAGGUGUCAGAAAAUGUUGGAAGAUCGGUUGCUGCUCUCCAGACUGAAGUGCUUGAAAGUCAACAUCGCCAAGAAAUCCGAGAGGAGGAAAAAACGUAUACAAAGAUCCAAGCUGUCCAUAAGCAGAAAGAAAUGGUAAACAAAUCUUGGGAAAAUUUCUUGACUCGGACAUCAAACUAUGAGGCAUUGAAGAAAGCAAAAAGGCUACAGGAAAAGUCAAUAGAGGCUUCCAGAUCUAAAUUGAAGACUCAGAAUGGAGCAGUUCAUUCUACUGAUAUUAAAGGCCUCAACACAACAAUCGGAUCUGGUCGCUUAGUAACUGUAGAAAGUACACCUUCUCAAUUAAUUGGAGGACCACUGUCUGGUACAGACCUUGCUCUUGGAAAGCCAUCUGUUUGUGAAGGAGCCUUAAAAAAGAUCAAAAGAGUUAAAACAUUGGACUCCAUCAAGAAAGAUUUGGGACCUGUAGAAUAAAUAAUGUUCUGAGCAGUGCUUUUAAUAUUUUAGUUAACUGCAUAUAUAUUGUAGAUACAAGAUAAAAUAUAUCUGUAAUGUUUUCAUGAAUUGCACAGAACAUCUCGAUAAUGAAAUUAUAUUUUGUAUUUUUUGUAACUAAUAUAAACAUGUGGGUGAUUUACUAGAAAAAAAAAAACUCCAUAUAGUACAAAGGCAUACUGAAUCUAGCAGUUUUGUGUGCUAGUGUCAGGUUACCAUGAUGCACUAUCAGUAGGUCUAGUGUUUGGAUUUCCAUCUUCUGUUGACACACUCCACACAUUGUAGUUUAAGUAUCAAUUUGAGCAGGGUGAUGAACUUUCACAUAAAUACACUCAGCUCUUCAUUGUCCCGGACAAGGUACCCUCAUGGUGUUUGUUCAAGUCCAUUUUGUUCCUCGAACUGCCACCUUUAGCAUCAGGACUUCAGCUAACGGCUCACAAAGACGCAAGUCUGUGCCAACAGUUUCUCUGAAUCUGUUUGGCAGACAAGCUCUUCACAGACUUCUCACAGCUGAUCAUACAUGUACAGUUCUUAUUUUUCCAUGGGUUACCUCCAGUAGGAACUCUGUUCACCCUAGCAUCUGUAGAACACCAGCACUCCUCAUAUAGCAGACUUUUUUAUAGAUGACUCAAUUCUUAAACUAUUGUUUCCUUUCCCUACUUGGGCAAAGCCAGAGUUUGCUAUAUUAUUUUAGAACAAGAUUUUCUGAGGCUGUUACUUCACUUUAGAUUGAGAUUCACAGCAUUAUGGCAUAAACUCCUGUGACACUGCAAGAGCUUUUGUAACAUACACACGUUGGCAGUAGUCUGUUAUUUUUGUCUGUGAGCAGUCUUUUGAGAAAAGCACAAUCUUUCACUUUGUUAAAUGCACACUUAGAAAGUAGAAAUAAAUUUGAGCUAACUAUGUAAAA